AUGUCCCAAAUAUUGACCUCCCGCCAGGCGGAGGAGCUACACCGCGCCCUCAUUGCCUACCUAACUUCCAACAACCUCCCCAACACGGCAGCCGCACUGCGUGCCGAACUUGGCAUCGGGGAAGAUGUCUUCGAUGCCGCCACAGCAAAGAAGUACGAGGGGCUUUUGGAGAAGAAAUGGACGAGCGUAGUCCGGUUACAGAAGAAGAUAAUGGAACUGGAGGCCAGAAAUCAGGCCCUUCAAAAUGAGCUCGAUAAUUCAACACCAACAUCACGGCAGAAUAAGGAUCCUGUCAACUGGCUCCCUAAGUCUCCAGCAAGACACACGCUUCAAUCUCACCGCAACCCCAUUACUUGCGUCGCCUUCCAUCCCGUCUUCACUUCGCUGGCCUCGGGUUCAGAAGACCAGACAAUCAAGAUCUGGGAUUGGGAGUUGGGGGAGCUGGAACGGACGAUCAAGGGUCAUACGAAGGCCGUUUUGGAUGUUGAUUUUGGAGGUCCUCGAGGAAACACGCUACUCGCCUCAUGCAGCUCAGAUUUGACCAUCAAAUUGUGGGACCCUUCGGACGAAUACAAGAAUAUCCGGACCCUGCCCGGCCACGACCACAGCGUUAGCGCCGUUCGUUUUAUCCCUUCAGGUGUGGCAGGCAGCUCGGGCAACUUACUUGUCAGCGCUAGUCGCGACAAAACCCUGAGAAUAUGGGACGUCAGUACCGGCUACUGCGUCAAGACAAUACGCGGGCACGCAGAGUGGGUCCGUGAUGUCUGCCCCUCCUUCGACGGUCGCUAUGUGCUCUCGACGAGUGACGACCACACAGGUCGACUCUGGGACAUUUCGCUCCCCAACCCUGAACAGAAAACCACACUUAUCGGUCACGAACACGUCGUUCUAUGCUGCGCCAUCGCCCCGCCUGCGUCGUAUCCGCAUCUCGCGUCUAUGGCUGGCAUGAAGAAGCCUCCCCCGGCAACCAGUUCGGUCGAGUUUAUGGCUACUGGGUCGCGUGAUAAGACCAUCAGGUUGUGGGAUGCACGGGGAAAUUGUAUCAAGAUUCUGGUCGGACACGACAAUUGGGUACGCGGACUCGUAUUCCAUCCCGGGGGCAAGUUCCUGCUGUCGGUGGCCGACGAUUACACGUUGCGGUGCUGGGAUCUCACGCAGGAUGGGCGGUGCGUCAAGACUAUUUCCGACGCCCAUGGUCACUUCGUGCAGUGCAUCAGGUGGGCGCCAUCAAUUGUUAAGGAGCCAUCAGUGCCGAACGGUGACGCGCAAGGAGAUGCAAACGGCACGCCAAAGAAGAAUGCUGCUCCUGGAGUGAUCGAUCCGUCGCAGAUACGUUGUGUGAUUGCUACGGGUAGUGUGGAUUUGAAUGUACGGAUUUUUGCCAACUGA